UUGUGAGACAACAGUGCGGUCAUGUUUUGUGCGUUUCAAUUGUUGAGCAGAGCCUGUUGAAGGUACAGACACGCUCAUGGACUCAUACAUCUCCUGUUGCUGGCUAGUGCUCUACCUUUUCUUUGGCGGUGGUUCUACAGUAACCAUCCAAGGCUAUGUCGGUGACGUUGUGACCCUAACAUGUAAGUAUGACGCCCGGCAUUAUGGUACGCUCUCUGUCUGCUGGGGUCGUGGUCACAUCCCCAACAGCGGCUGUGGCAAUGAGGUCCUCAGGACGGAGGGAGUCAAAGUGACCCACAGGGCUUCGGUCCGGUACAAUCUCCAGGGUGAUCUGAGGGCAGGGGAUGUCUCUCUGACCAUCACCCAAGCACAGGUGAAGGAUUCUGGGUUAUAUGGCUGCCGUGUGGAUAUACCUGGAUGGUUCAAUGACCAGAAACACCAUCUGGCACUCGUCAUCAAGCCCGCUCCUGAAACAACCCCUGAACCGUGGAUCUCUAGAGAGAGCACAACAGUUGGCUACGCUAAAGCUCCUGAAACAACCCCUGAACCGUGGAUCUCUAGAGAGAGCACAACAGUUGGCUACGCUAAAGCUCCUGAAACAACCCCUGAACCGUGGAUCUCUAGAGAGAGCACAACAGUUGGCUACGCUAAAGAGCAAACCACAACAAUGCAGACAACAAUGGGUUUGUCAGUACCUCCAGACCCUCCCAGAGUGGCAAUCCAAGAAAUAUCAGCUAGGUCCAUCUCUGUAUGGUGGAGCGCUGGCUUCGAUGGAAACACCCCCAUCACAGGUUUCCACCUGGAAUGCAAGAGCCAAUCGGACUCCUGGGUAGAUGGAGUACGAGGCAGCAAUAUUCUGCCUUGGAAGAGAGAGACCGCUGUCAAUGACCUGCGACCCUUUUACACCUACAACAUCCGCAUGUUCACCAAGAACGACAUGGGCUUGAGUAAACCCAGCAACGAGCUCACCAUCACCACUAAGGAAUCAGCCCCUGAUGGUCCCCCACAGGAUGUGAAGCUUGAAGCCCUUUCCUCCCACAGCAUCAGAGUCACAUGGAGGGCCCCUGAGUUGUCCCUCCAGAACGGGCUGAUCCGGGGCUACCAGCUCCGCUACGGUGAGUACAGUCCCCAAGAACGGCUUCCUGUCAGGGUGGUGCAUCUGAUGGACGGAUCAGAGAGCUUCACCAUGAACAGCCUGCAGGAGGCGACAAAGUACAGUGUGACGCUGCACACCAUCAACAGAGCAGGCCUGGGGCCGUCUUCACAGGAGCAUGUCUGCUCCACUCUGACUAAUGAUGAUCAGCAGCAUAUGACAACAACUCAAGCAACAACAGCACUUCAGACAGAACAUUCAACCUCAACCAUUGCGACAACAACAUCUUCAACUGAGACAUGGCUGCUUGUCACUGACAGUCCCACUCAAGGUCAGAGGGUAGACGACUUCUCAACUACUAGAGCACUAAGUAACUCUACGACUGACCCAGCAUUGAGUAAAAAAGAACAGAGCGGUCAUCUUGUUGCCAUCCUAGUGCCAGUGCUGGUGCUGGGGCUGCUUGUUGUCAUGGCGAUCAUAUGGCAAUUUAGGCGUACCACAUUGAAAAAAGGCAACUGGAAAAUAUUAUGGAAGAACAACGACUUUCUGUCCUUCGGGGACUCCGAGCCAGCACUGUAGAGACCUCUGGGAUGUUAGAAUUCCAAUCAAGAUCAUGCAGUGGUCACCGUGGGGUUAACAUAAAGAGUAAGAUGAUAUAUAUGAUGUCAACUAUGCCAUAGUGAUAGGAAGUGUUACUAAUCGACCGGGGCCUCCCACUGAACUGAUAUUGAAAGAGUACUUAUCUUACAAUGAGAUCAACUGCAAUGUACACGAUGUGGCGUUUGUGUGCACAUGUUAAUAAAUGCUUGCUUAUA